AUUGACUAGCACCCGUUAUGGGACAAUAACACGCGCGAAGUCGUUCCUUUCAUACACAGACGAACAGGAAAUUAUGACAGGGCUUACUAAUUAAAACAUAAACACAAUGGCUGGCACCACAGCCUGUAGUAACUGUACAAGCAUGAAAGGUUAUUUAAUCUAAAGGAUUUUUUCCAAUUAAAUGUAAACAUGUUUUUAAACGUAAGUGUAUUUUUUAACUGAUGUUGUUUUGUCGCUACAUCCUGUAUUUUUGUUUAAAAUAUUUCUAAAUCUUCGCUACUGUAAUCGAAGAGACAAAUAAAGCUAUUACUAUUGUAGAUUGCACUAUAUUUAAAGGAUGGAUUCCUAUUUAGACGGCGAGAAGUUAAAAUACAGAUGGAUUGUGCUGUGCAUGGGAUUUCUCAGUAAUUUUCUCACUUGGGGAGUAACUUUUUCUGUCGGGGUGUUGUAUGCUGAAUGGGUUAGUUAUUUUGGAGCACCCAUGGGUGAAGUUGCUUUUGCUGGAGGAAUACCAGUUGCUGUUGGCUGUGGUUUAGGUCCUAUAUACGGAAUAUUGAUCAACAAGUUACAAAUAAGAACCUGUGGUAUAAUAGGAGGAGUUACAAUGUGUCUUGGUUUAAGUGUAAGUUACUUUGCACGCAACGUUAUUACUCUGUGCAUCACUUUUGGAGUCAUAGCAGGUUUUGGCUGUGGGUUGGCAUCGCUGGCUUCAUGCAGCAUCAUAAAUAAAUACUUUCUACGACAACGAACGCUCGCAGAAAGUGUGUGCGGGUCUGGUUUAUCAGCCGGUGUUUUCGCAAUGUCAGCGGUGCAGCGGUACAUAAUUUCAGAAUACACUUGGCAAGGUGCCAUGCUUAUUUUCGGGGGCAUUUGUUUGAACAAUACAGUAAUCGCAAUGUUUUUUAUUCCGCCACAAAAGUUGAACAUAUCAGAAGUACGCCCAAGUAAAGAAAGUAAUAACGAAAUUGGAAUUACUUCGAUAUGUAAUGAAGGUUCUAUAAAUUCACAAAGGGACAGCACAGCUGUUGACACAGAGUUAUCUUUUUUCAAACGAAGUAUCGGUUUAUACAGAAAUAUUACUUUCUUACGACUGAUAACAAGCCACUUUUUGGGUUGGUUGUGCUUAUUUAUUCCUUAUGUUCAUCUGGUUGAACGAGCUAGGUUAUCUGGUUUGGAUGAAAAUACCAGCGCAUGGGUGGCAGCUACCAUUGGUUUAGCUGGUUUUACCGGCAGGCCAAUUACAGGAGCAUUCUUUAACUAUGCUGAAGUACACCCGAGGAUUGCAUAUGCACUAAUUCAAAUUUUAUGCGGUAUAUCGGUUGCAGUGAGCCCGUUCUGGUCGAACAAGAUCGGUCUUUUUAUGUUUGCUGCUGCGUUUGGUUUCCUCAGCAAUGGUUACGGUCUGAUAAAAGCAUCUGCUGCCGUUAUGUUGGGUUGCAAUAAGUUUGUGGACGCUUUCAGCUGGAUGCUAAUGUUUGAAGGAUUAGGCGUAUUGUUAGGACCACCGAUGGCAGGUUGGUUUUAUGACGUGACACAAAGCUACGACUGGGGAUUUCGAGUAGCGGGAAUCGGCUUAAUUAUUUCUGGUUUAAUUCUGGUGACAAAACCUCGGGAUAACACAAGUGUAGUCAUCUCGACUACAUUAUAAUAUAUUGUGCAAACAGCAUACCGAAUAAACUAUAAUACCGUUUUUAAUUGUACACCUUUUAGCUAUGCUGCAAAUUCAAGUUUACAUAUAUUUGUAUUUCAAUAAUGUACCAUUUUGUGUAUUUUUGUAAUAGAGGUGAUAAUUAUGUAAUCUACAAGUGUUCGCACAAAACAUGCUAUUGUGAAUUCUCAAGCCGAUUCCUCCCUUAAUGGUACUGUGGUGUCUUUACGCGCACUUUUCUUGCAAUUACAUCUUAGCUGG